AUGGGCCUCACUCACUCUGCCAUCAUUGUCAUCGUCCUGGUCGGCUGUCUCGCCCUCACAGCCCUGGGUGCAUCACUCUUCAAGCAUUAUAACCCAAACCCGGAUGCCGAGGAUGGCCGGUUCAGCGCGGGCUACGAGCAGAAGCUGUACAUGGCGGAAGUGCGGGCACGCGGGUUCAACGGUCUGAUCCAGGCCUGCUCAGAUCCCCGAGAUCUCGAGGCGCGCUAUACCCCAGCGGGGUCGGGCUACUAUCGCCCCCACACCGAGGUCAAAGACAGCAGUUCAUGA